AUACGCUGUGUAACUUUACAUACAACUACACCAUAAUCAGUAAAACAGAACACGGAUGUAAACCUGUUUUCUAUAGAUGAUAGAAUGAGAAAAGCAGCUCCAAAAGGUGACAUGUUUCUGUUGUUCAUUUCAACUGUAGUUUUAAUGCAAUCCCGUGGGGAUACUUCUAAUCAAUACUGUUGGUCACAAGCUAUCGAUAUUUAUGACAGUUUCCUUGAAACUGUAUGCAAAAAUACAUCAUAUGAAAACAGUGAUCCUAACCGCUGGCUCCCAGCAGUUUGUAAAGAUAUAUGCACAGUGCAGAUAGAUACUUCAUGUAAAAACGAAGAUGGAUCUGUAAAAUUUAACCUUACCAAUGAAAUGACGAGUAAUGUUAUUGUGAAAGAGUAUACCAUUGGGAAAUGUUCCAAUUGCCAUCAACUAAGACUGGUCCUCAUCACGUGUAAAACGGAUGGAAUUACCUGCAAGGAUUGUACUAAUGCCAAAAGUAUACAGACAGGAUAUUUAGUCCUUACAUCACUUUUAGGACUCGUAUUCGGAAUACUUGUAUCUCUGGGCCUCUGGUUGAUUAAAACAAAGUUUGUAAAACGCAUAUUAUGCGUGUCACAGAGUUCUAGUGUUCGAAAAAAUACUGAAAAUAUACGUCAAAGAUCUUCAGAUACAGAGAUGCCAAGCAAGGCUUUGACAACUGAACUCAACACGCAUAAGGAGAAAAAUACCAAAACGAGAGAUGAUAUCUAUAACCAUCUCCAUGAAACAAGGAUAAAUUCAGAUUUGAACGAUUCUCCGUAUGACCAUGCUCAGUGCCUUACAGAGAUCCAAUCAACACGAGGAAAUGUUCUGGAGGAUAAUUACACUCACAUCAAUAAAUUGUGCCAAUGAAUUUUUGGCAAGCGAAACAUUUAAUGAAGAAACAUGUUUAAAAGUGGUUUGAAUCGACCUGGAAAAAAAUGUUUUAAUAAUCACUGUUACAACGUUUCAUUAAUCUUCUGACAAAACGAUUGUUGUUAAUCGAUGUAUUUGAACUUUUCACUGAGCAAAAAUAAUUUUAAAUUAAUCUGCAUAAUUAUAUAUUUGAGGCAGGCAAAACCUUUGUUCAAGAUUUUAUUGGAAACGAUAUUGUAGAUAGUAUCAGUGAGAAGUACAUGUAUAUGUAUUCCCUAAAAUAAGGUACUACCGAUAUAAUGAUAUCAUACGCCAACCAAUCUUCAAAUGAAAUUAAUUUAUACAUGUAAAACGAACAAACAGUACUUCUUAUAUGACAAAAUCUAUUUGUUAUUCCUCCACUUAAUUUUCACUAUAUAAGAGUACGAAAUGUUUAAAUUUGUAGAUUCCCUGAAAAUUGCCGUGAAGGGACUGAUUCCCUGCAAAACAGACUCUUUCCCUGGAAAGAAGUGCAUCAGUUUGAUGAACUGAUACACACCUAUUCGGAACACUUUGUAAUUUCUGUUAGCCAUAAGAAAAGUUUCGAAUUAUCCCAAAGAAAGUCAUUAAUAUUUAUAAUUAUAUGAUUUAAUUCCAGUGACAACGUUCGCUCAAGGGAAAGAGCUAAAAUAGGCCGUGCCUGCUGCCUAAUCUUAUUCAAUAUAUUAUAUUGAAUAAGAUUAAUUGUUUAAAUAAAGAGUCCGUUUUGAUUGGCUCUACUCUAAUUCAUCUUUACCGUAUAACAUAACUUGC